GGGAAAAAAAACUUAAGUGAUUUUCCAAGAAAUAACAGCAUUGCAGCGUGCCCCAGGCUCCACUGUCUGGGUACAACACCGGCUCUUUGGGUUUUCAAAAAAUGACUUUGGAGCAGACAACUUAGAAGUCUCACCUUUUUUCCACCCUUUUAAGCCACCCUUUGCAAUUCUGAAUCUCUCACGGCAUGUAUCUGACACAAAUAUUUAUAGUAAUAUGUAUACAAGGAUUGCUGUUAUUUUCUUCGGUGUGCUGUUCCUGAAAAGAUCAACACUCCAUCCCUCAUGCCUGUACUGUAUCGGCCCAGUGGGGCAGGUAGGACUUUUUUUUUUGCAAUUGUAUUAUGGGAUAUGAUAUUAUUAUGGAAUAUGAUAUUAUUAUGGGAUAUGGUAUGACCUGGAGUACUAGAUGUUAACAGCCUUUCUUAUGCUGCAUUCACACCAAAACAAUGUUUAGUUGAACAGGUUUUUCUUUUCCUGAUAACCUAUAUCAAGGUACAGGUUAAUUUUUCCCCAGCGAUGCCUACCCCCUCCCCCUCCCCCCCCAACAAGUUUCUAAGCAACCAAAUCAUCGUCAGAGAGCGCAUUGAAUGCCGGAUUUGAUAUUUCUCUUAAUUUUUCAAGGAAAUGAUGUUGAAAAUUUUGUUAUUAUGCCUUUCUUUUUUUUGUGUGUGGUAAACCAACUUAGGCUAACAUUGUACACCCAUGACUUUUCAUCAGCCCUAUGAUUUUGUGAUUUCUUGGGGUGCAUUUGUGUUAACUCUUAUUUGUGGAACCUGUCACCCUAUAGUGACGUCAUGACUGCUGAGAUCUCGCGUUAGGUCUACCCUCCUCCGCAGGCAACUCUAAUAUACUCUGUUAUGGCCUUUAUUCACAUUUGGGAUACCUGUGUUUGCGAUGUUAGGACGCGGGAUACUGGCCUUUUUUUCGCCCUCUUCCCGCUGCGUUAUUUUUCUCCUAUUCACCACAGGAGUCCGAGUUAUGGGCUUUGCCAUUAUACCAGCUGGGUUAGAAUGAAUAGCCGCGUGAGAGACAUUUAGAUCCGCACGAUGGACUUAGUAAGACGAGACGCUUAUUAAAUAUUCAAACUGCAGCUGUGUUGCCGAAAAAUAAAUUGGAAAGUUUUUCCUCCAGUUAUACCUAACAUGAACCAUACUAUGCUUUUUUAUUUCUUAUUUCUGUGUAACAAAUAUUUUCUAUCUUUUCUAAAUAUCAGAAGCUGUAUAAAUACUUAUGAGAAAAGUUGGAUGGCUCACAUUUUAUGUAAUAGCGCGCGCAACAUUUGUAGAAUAUUUUUUUCGUCCUUGAUAUCAUUUUUUUUGUGUGUGAAUCUUUUUCAAAACUGAGAAGGUUUUUUCUCUAUUAUGCUACUGCUGACGUGUAGUGCUCUCGCUGAGAAAUAAAUAGAACUUUUAUUGUUUGCGUUUUCGUUCGUAAAAUUCAUGGCCGCGAGUAGACUGGUACGGGUUGUCACAAUCCACUGUUUCACAUUUCACACGUAACGAAGCGUUUCUUUGAGUAGCGUUGGUGGACCGACGUUAAAUAUCGCCGAAUUCCGGCGUCUGGGAUAGCUAGACUACACAAAAAUGAUGUCUCAAGAAGAGAUACUUCCCUGGUCUGAGUCUGAUUCAAGGUUUUUCGCAGAUAAUCUUCUUGGAGUCGAAGAUUGGGGCGAUGCUAUUUCUGAUAUCAAAUUUGAUCCAAGUGAGGUGUUGUUGGGUGAAAAAGACGUGGAAAUGGCGGGCACUGAUGACGACUUGAGUGAACUGCUGACCAAUAUAGGAGAUGACAUGUGGACUCUCUCAGAGGAAACCAUACAAACAUUAGGAGCUAAUAUUAAGCAAGAACCGCCAUCACCAUCGUCAUCUAUUUCCUCUUAUGUUUCCAUGGACUCAUCUCUGCCCAGCUCACCAGAAUCACAGCAACUUUUGAAUGGUCAGACCUCUCCACCGCAUCAGAGCAAUGUUCCCCAGGAGAUCAAGCCCUUGUACUUCAUGCCAAACCCUGUCAAAACAGAGCUCCCAAAAUGCACGGCUCAAGUAGCUACCAUCAGAACCAAGCCUGCUGUACCAAAUACUUGCAUCAAAACAGAAGCCAGCCUGACACCAUCACCGUGUAUCAAGAAAGAACCCAUUGCCAUCCAGCCAUGCAGCCAGAUGAAGCAGCUACAAAACGUUGUUAUCCAGAGCACACAAGCAGCUACGGUACCCGCCAAGAUGAUACAACCUCUCAAUACAGGUGUUGUAUCAACAAAUGGUAUCAAGUACAUCCAAGUCAAUGGCAACAUUGCAACAACUCCAAUCAUUGUGGGGAGUAAACCUACAGCAGCAUCAGUGAAACCUAUCACUACGGCUGUUGCCAACUGUGUCGUGGCCAGCCAACAGCCAAAGGUUCUAGAUGAAAAAAUUCUUAGGAGACAGCAGCGAAUGAUCAAGAAUAGAGAGUCAGCCUGUCUAUCUAGGAAAAAGAAGAAAGAGUAUCUGCAGUCACUAGAAACACAAAUCAAAGAAGUCAAUUUACUGAAUGAUAAACUUAGCGAAGAAAAUAUUAAGUUAAAGAAACGUGUCCAAGAAUUAGAAAAUGAGAAUAACAUAUUAAAGGCAAAGAACCCUGAGCUUGCAUCUGCCAUCAAGAAAUCCACCUGCGUUUUAGCAGUAGUUUUACUUGUGGCAUUGAAUGUAGGACCUUUUGGUCCACUCAAUGAGCACUUGAAGUUUGACAACACAGACUCUGGGCCAAACUCAAUGCUGCGACAUGGGCGGGCACUACUGCAGUACGAGGGCCAGGAAACAAAGGCCACCCAGUCCCUGGUCUAUUACGGGCCUGAGACAAGACCAAGAUCAAAUGAGACCCUUGAUUCACUAAGUGUACCAACCAAGUCAGGUGUCAGCUCUUUCACUAACAGGAAAGAGAGCAAAGACUUGAUUGUUGUAAAGAAAAAGUGGGACUUGCUUGCUGAGGUGAACAGGAAGAGGGCGUUAUUGAAAAAGAAAGAGCGGAAGUUGAGAAAUAUAAGGAAAAGAAUUGAAAAAAAGAAAAAAGAGGCUGAGAUGGUAAACGUGUGCCCAAAUCAACAAGUGAAUACCACAGAAUCCACACGAUUGACAGAAGCAAUGGAAGAAUGGGUCCGCCAGCAUGAGAUCCAACGGCUCAUCCGAAUUAAAAACCACAGAGCCCAGAAAGAGAAGGAGAAGACUAAGUCGCAAAACAUCGCCCUGCGUCUACCAUCAAACUGCACUGCCGCAGAAGCAAGAAGGCGGAUCCAUAAGCACAUGUUCUCUCGCCGUCACAACCCAGCAUCCGACAACAAUGCAGUACAGCUUUUCCAAGGCAGAGACCUACUCAAGGUGUUUUCAGAUGCCAUCAAUCGCCAGGAUGACACCUUUUACAUCGUCUCCUUCAGAAGGGACCAUCUGUUGUUCCCAGCCUCCCGAACAAACUCGACAAAUAGACCAAAGAUGUCACUCAUGAUGUUGGCCCCGCCCAAUGAUCCAUCCAUGAACUCAAGUGCUGAGAAAGAUUUUAUCUCAAUGAUGCAAAUCGACUGUGAAAUUACUGAUACGAAGUCCAUUCAGAUCAAGAAGAACAGCCUUCCUUUUCCUUUCAUGGAAAACCGAUCCGCGCCUCAAGCAUUCACUGCCACUCACUCAUUUACCUGAAUAUCCUAUCUCUGUCUAGAACCUGGUGUCAUUCCCAAGUUUUCUUGUGGUUUCCUGCUGGCCAAACACUGGUAUCCUGAACAGAAUGCCAGUGCCUAGUCAGUUUUGACACCUAUCCUAGAAAUCUCUGUGAAAAUAUGCAUGCAUAUCAUUAACAUAUUAUAAACAUUCACAAACAAGAUUGUAUAUAUUCAUGUGUCAAAAGACAAAAAGUUUAAGAAGCAUUGUAGAUAUGGUCAACACCAGCAUAUAAGAGCAUAGAUAUCUCACUCUUUGUAAUAACCUAAUCACCAUGGCUUGGAUGAAUAGCUUAAAGUUUGUCAUUCUAAAUAAUAGCAUUUCAUUUUCUAAUCAUUUUUCAUUAUUGGUUUUUUGUACUGUUGAAAAAUGGGAACCUAUUUAACACGUUUCCUGAUGUUGUAAAUCCUAAGUUCCGAUACACUGGUGUUGUAGAUUUAUCAAAGUCAGGCGUUUACAUAUAACUUAUAGGUUUUUGCAAGUUUCUUGAGAACAUGCAAAUAUUUAUAGUAUUCAAACAACAUUUUACAUAAUGAUAUCCCUUGUAAUAUGCACUAGUGGUAAUCUUAACUUUCAAUGCCGCAAUAGUUAUAGCGCUAACUAAAACAAUGAUAUUAUAAAAAAUAUAUAUAGAAUAAUGGCAUGCCACCAGUAGAUGAGCUAGAAAAAUAUCACAUUAUUAAUGCAUUAAAAUCAGCUUGUAAAUAUAAAUAUCAGUACACGUCGCACUUGAAUUUAUACAAACACCAAAAGUUUCAUAGAAGAAAAAAUUUAGAAAUUUUCCAAUGCGAUUGGCAAUUCAAAGAUUGCAAUAAUGCAAGAGCCAUAGUGAUGAUAGUUCCACUUUCUCUCAUCAACAUUUUUGGAAUCAGUUGUAUAAAUAGAAAUAAAUAACAAUUAAUCUAAAAGAGACACAAAUAAAUAAAAGUUUGUGCA